AGAUGAAAUAUAAUGUAGAGAAAUAGUAUUACUAAUAGUAAGUUACUCUAAUAUUCGUAUAGAAUUACAAUUAAAAAAAAAAAAAAAUUUAGUUUACCUUGGUGUUUUUGUGUUAAAAAAUAAUUAAUAUUUAUAAGUAUAGUUUUUGUACAAUGGAUUUUACAAGGCCUGUUAUAAGUUCAUAUAAUUCAUCAAAUAUGAUUUUGUAUGGAAAUUAUGUAGAUGAAGAGUAUUCAGAAGCAAUAGAUAGUGCUUUUUACUCGGAUCAAUUAAAUGGUGAAAUUUUACGAUCUGAGUAUGAAGAAACUCAAACAAUUCUUACUGAUAAUUGUAGUCAACAUGGAAUCACUACUACUUGUUUUGACACUUAUGAAAAUUUACUUUGGAUUGGUAAUCAACUUGGUUAUGUUACUUCUUAUUAUAGUGCAGAUAUGCAAAAGUAUACAAUGUUUAGGGUGCAUACAACAGAAGAAAUUCGAUCUUUAUUAACUACAGAUUCUAGUUUAUUAGUACUUACUCCAACAACACUUCGGUGUCAAAUGCGCAGAGGACUACCAUUAUUUACUCAUAAUUCGGAAAAUUUAAAUGAAAUGCAAUGUAUUACUCAGUUAGCUCGUUCUCAAGAUACAAUAUUAAUGGGUGGUCAUCAAGAUAAAUUAAUUGAAUUUAAUCUUAAUUUGUACAAAGAAGUAAAUAUUAUUAAUGUUGGUGAAAAUGGAUGUGCUAUCUUACGUCAAAAUGCUAACAGAACUGUUUGUUGUGGAGAUCCUACUGGAAUGAUUAAACUUCGAGACCCUAGAAAUAUUUCAAAAGUUAUAUAUUCUGUUGAAGCUCACACAGGCAGUUUGUCAGAUUUUGAUGUUCACGACAAUCUACUUGUCAGUUGUGGUUUUUCUAAUACACAUGGAUCAAUGAAUCUCGAUCAAUUUUUAGUUGUUCAUGAUUUAAGAAUGAUGAGAUCUGUUUCAUCUAUUUCUAUGAUUAUUGAACCGUUUUUACUCAGAUUUAUGGAAUCUUAUUCAUCACGAAUUGCUGUAGUAUCUGCUGUUGGUCAAUGUCAAAUUGUUGAUACUGUGGCAUUAUCUGAGCAAGAUAUAAAUUUGUAUCAGAUGAGUGGUGUAGAAGAGGGUGCAAUGGCCCUUUCAAUGGAUGUAUCUCCAUCAAGUCAGGCCAUAGUAAUUGGAGAUAAUGUUAGCACAUUACAUCUAUUUACAACUACAUCAAGUAGAUUCAAUACUUUAGCCAGAGACACAAUAUUUGCUCAAGAACUAGAACCACCUCCUUGUGGUCCUAUAAGAGUUACAGACGAAUUGGCAGUUUAUUCUACUAUACCAUUACCUUUAUGUGAUGGCCCAUUAGCAUCAGAUUUGCCUGCAAAAUUUCGUACUAAUAUAUAUAGAAAAACUCCACCAAUUGAUAGUGAAAUUUUAGCAACUAUGAAAAUGAAAGGGACUGUUGGUUAUGCACCCAAUCCAAAUAACCGAAAAAGAAAUCAAGUAGUUUAUUAUAAUUCUAAAUUUGAAAAUAUAUCAAAAAAUAAUAAUUAUAGUAACAAUCAAGGGGAAGGGGAAGAACCAGACUCAUCAAUAUUUAUAGCAAUACCUAGGAGAUAUAGAAAAAUAGAGUUAAAAUUUAAAAGUGAAGAUUUUGAUUAUGAGCAAUAUAACAAAACUGGUUUUAGUGGUUUAGAGUCUAAUGUUCCUAACUCAUAUUGUAAUGCCAUGCUUCAAGUUUUAUAUUACUUGGAUCCACUUAGGAAAAUAUUAAUGUCACAUAUUUGUCAAGAAGAAUUUUGUCUAAGUUGUGAAUUAUCCUUUCUAUUUUAUAUGAUGCAUAUGUCUAAAGGAAUUCCUUGUCAUUCUGGUAACUUUUUAAGAGCUCUUCGGAAUGCUCAUGAUGCUUCAGCAUUAGGGCUUAUUUUACCUGAUCAUAACAAUUCCGAAUUGAAAAAUAAAAUAAACAUCAGUAUUUUAAUUCAAAAUUGGAACAGAUUUAUUUUACAUCAAAUACAUUUGGAACUUCUAAGGUUUUACAAAAGUCAAAAUUCUAAAAAAUUUGUUUUUAAAGAUACAGAUUUUCCUAGUAUAGGAGGUCAACAGGUUUCAAAAAAAAAGCUAAAAGAUAAGGAAGAAGAUGACAAUGAUACUGACAUAACAAAAUUAUUUGGAUGUAAUCAGUUACACAAAAAUAAAUGUUUAAAAUGCAAUCAUGAAUUUAGUAAACAGUCAAAUUUAAUGGUUUGCAAUUUAGUUUAUCCUGAAUUAAAUGAUGGACAGUCCAUGUCUUUUUGUGAUUUACUUCAACAAAGUAUUUGUCCAAAACAAACAACUAUGACAUGGUGUGAACAUUGUGAAAGUUUUCAGCAAACUCUUCAAACAAGAUCACUUAAAUCAUUACCAUCUAUAUUAACAGUGAAUUGUGCCAUUGAGAGUAAAAAAAAUAAAGAUUUUUGGCAACAACAAAUGGAUAUUUUAGUUAAACAAGCAGUUGCUAAGGCAAAUGAUGCAAAAAAUGUACUUAGUACUCCCACUUCUUUUAAUAAACCAUGUCGUUAUGGUAGCAACUGUACUAGGCAUAGUUGUCGAUUUAUGCAUCCUGGACAAGUAACAGCAGAAACUAACAAUUCAGUUAGCUUAUCUCAAUUGUAUUAUACACAUACAUGGCUUCCACUUCAUAUUAAAGUAGAUCUUCAGUUAAAUGGUGAACUAGUAAUGUCAAAAUAUGAUGAAGAUCAACCAAAUAAACAGGAAAUAGAUUGUUCUAAAAUUUAUGAUUUAUAUGCAGUUGUUUGUUAUAUAAAUGAAGAUCGUAAAAAUCUUGUAUCAAUCAUAAAUGUUGGUCAAUCAUAUCAUGAACACAUUUCAGCCAGUAAUCCUGCUUCGCAGUGGUACAUAUUUAAUGAUAUAAGUGUUUCUAGAGUUGUUGAGCAAGAGGCAAUUUGGUUUAGUUUGGAUUGGAAAAUUCCUUGUAUUUUAUACUGGGUAUCUAGAAAUAAUAAAUUUAAUAAUAUAAAAAUUUGUAAUCCUGUCAUUACAUCAAAAGUUUUUACUGAAAAUGUUUAUUUAAACUCGUCUUUGAAAAAUAGUAAUGUAAUUACAUUUGAAGAAAUUCCUAAACCAGGUGAACUAGUUGCGAUAGAUGCAGAAUUUGUGACUCUUAAUCAAGAAGAAUCAGAAUUAAGAAGUGAUGGCAAAUUGACAACUAUUAAACCUGUUCAAAUGGCUGUUGCUAGAAUUUCAUGUAUUAGAGGUGAAGGUCCGUACGAAGGAAAACCUUUUAUAGAUGAUUAUAUUUCAACACAGGAACAAAUAGUAGAUUAUCUUACACAAUUUUCAGGAAUUAAUCCGGGUGACUUGGAUAUUGGACAAAGUUCCAAAAAUCUUACUACUCUCAAAGCUACUUAUAUGAAACUACGUUAUUUAGUGGAUAAUGGUAUAAAAUUUGUAGGUCAUGGUUUGCACAAUGACUUUAGAAUGAUCAAUUUAAUAGUUCCACCUGACCAAAUUAUAGAUACAGUGGCGUUAUUUAGACUACCUAACCAACGAAAUGUAUCAUUACGGUUUUUAGCAUGGUAUUUUUUAGGAAAUAAAAUUCAAUCAAAAACUCAUGACUCAGUUGAAGAUGCUCAUGCUACAUUACAACUGUAUAAAUGUUUUAAAACAUUAGAAGAAGAUGGAAUACUUAAAGAUAAACUUGAAGAGCUUUAUAAGUGUGGCAAAGAAAUCAAUUGGAUGGUACCAGGAGAAUAAAUUUUUUAAACCUUAAAUAAUUAUAGAGUUUUUAAAAUAAUAAUUUAAUAACUCAUAAGUAUAAAUAUUAAAAAACUGUUUAUUUAAACUUUAAUUGGAUUUAAGAUUAUAUUUUCUAUUUUUAUAAACA